GCUCUCCUGCCAACAAUUCGUCUUGGCUUCCAUCAGUUUAAUGGUGUCAGUGCAGGUCCUUAGGUUGGCAAGAGGUCCUCGUUCAACCGGACUCUCCUCUUGUAUCCGGCGGCCCCUCUCUGCCCUGGCCUCCUGCCUCUUCCUCGGAAACUACGGUGCUAUGGUGAAGAACGACCACCCUUCACCCAAGGACGACCUGAAGAAGCACUACGACCAGCCUCCACAGUACUCCCAGCUGUCAGGUUCCUCAGAGACGACCGGCAGAGACGACUACGUUGUUCUUGCCGCUGUUGUCGACCGUCUGCUGUUCUUGCUGUUCCUCGCUCUCUGUCUGAACAACGUCAUUCGCUUCUGGAGUGUUCUGUAAGCGGGGUUUGAUGUUGUGGUGGUCGGUUUAAAGAGGUCGGAGGUUAGGGUCAAAGUUUUUGUGUUUUUAAUUUUUUAUAUGUAUAAUGU